AUGCACAGGACACUCGCACGGACGCUCGGCGACGAAGAAGAGAGAGUGUCGAGUUGUAAUCGGGCGAGUGUAAUCAGCAAUACAAAGCGUUGUAAGCGACUCGAGGGGAGGCGCGAGUGCCCUUGGCGAGCUCGCCUCUCGCGCCUCUUCCCUCUCCCUCAUCGAGCUUUGGAUGGAGACGAGCGAAGGGUCGCUACUCAUCGCAGCACCGCACACAGCGAGUCGCUCACGCUGCACUCGCCCGCUCCCGUUGGCUGUGGGAAAAGUCCCCGGACACACUGA